UAGCUGUAUAGUACGCAUCUAUGAGAUAAGAGUACACAGAUCCUAAAACGGUGACAGAGUAAAGGGCAAACAAAGGCCGUGCGUGUCUACUCUCGAGGAAAAUGGACAUACACGAUGCUGCUAGUGCUGGUGAUUUAAGUGCCGUGAGAGAUGCCAUCAAGAGGGGAGAUGAUGUCAAUAGUGUGAAUGAGUAUUGGCGUACUCCACUCUGGCAGGCAGCCAGUAGAGGUCACACUGACUGUGUUCGAAAGCUGCUCUCAUCUGGAGCCGUAGUGGACCUAGCUGACAAGAAUGGGGACACUCCACUCUGGAUGGCAGCCUACCAAGGUCAUACUGACUGCGUUAGAGAGCUGCUCUUGUAUGGAGCUGUGGUGGACCUAGCUGAUGAGGAUAGGGUCACUCCACUCAUGACAGCAGCCUUCCGGGGACGUGAAGAUACUGUCAAGGUGCUUCUCUCUUCAGAGGCUUCAAUUGACAUUACUAAUAAACGUGGAGAGACUGCUCUGAUGAUGGCCAAGAGAUCAUAUCGCCCUAAUUCUUCAGUAAUCAGGCUUCUAAAGGAAGCUACUGAAUCACAUUCACGUCCGCAGUCUGUUCCGGUCCUCCCCAGACUCUGGACUGUUGUCACUGACACAGAAACGAAGAAGCCAGUCUACCAUAAUAAGACAGCAGGGGAAACCCUCUCCACUCCACCUGGAUAUCCCCUGCACCAAACUUCUGCACAUCCUGGAGUCACUUUCUAUGGCAAGCCUCAAGAGAAGGAGUUCACCUCCAGUGGUGGACAUACUGACUUUGACAAUGGACUUGAAGUGACUGUUCCAGCUAAUGCUGUCCCAGCAGGGACCUCUGUGAGGAUUAAAGUUCAUCCCAGCCUUGCCCCCAGUGAUGUGUUUGUGAUACCUGAGGGCAUUCAGUCUGCAAGUCCGUCGUACUUUAUCUCUGCUGAAGAUCUACACCAAGAGGUGACCCUGAGCAUGGAGCAUCAUGUACGAGUAUCCACCCAAGAAGAAGCUGGUGACCUUGUCUUUCUCCAAGCUGACUCGUCUCCACAGAGAUCUGGUUCGAAGAUUGUAUAUAAGUACCAGGAGGUACUAGACGGCAGGUCAGAGUUCACUCCUGGAGGGAACAAGGGGAGACUGACCAGACGUUUGUCAAAGAAACAGUUUGUUAAAGUUGGUCAUCAAGCCCGUGUUAGAGGCUCUUUCCAACUUGCUGGCAACCAGCCUGAUGACCCAAACGUCUACACUGUCAGAGUCUACCGGUCUCCUUCAUACACAACUGGGGACAGGAUAGCCAUCAUUGCAGUCAGUCUCUUUGGGAGCCUCUACACUAAUUUUUUGGAGACAUUUGAUAAAGUGGUGAUCCCACAAGAAUAUCCUGAGGUAUCUUCAAAGUCAAUUGACAGGACGAUUCAAGGAUCACUGACAUUUGUUGAUAUGUGUGCCACUCUCAACAUUCACCCAGUGCAGGGAUGGUCUGUGGAACCAGACAAGGAAAUGAUAUCCCGUAGUGAAGUGGAUCAGCCUGAGAUGGAAAAGUUCAGACCUGAAAAUCUCCACGACUACCCUCCCAGGAUAAUCUGCAGGUUCUUCCCUGAGGAGAAUGCUCCCAAGAGAACCAUCUGUACCAUCUCCUUGUCUGGACUCCUGCCACAGGUCGAAUUUUACAUACCAUUGAAAGCACCCACCUUCAAAGUUGCUGUGGAUACUACUAAACUACAGGUUGAGGCAUGGAAUGUUUCGACUGUAGCCCGGACUGUGGUGGACAAUAGUACACUUAAAGUGUGUUAAUUUUUUACGAAGCCACUGAAAUACUGAGGAGAACAGUUGGUCGGAUGACCACCUCACAGCUUGGCUCUACUGUGGAGAUUGUACUGUCACUAAUGGAGAAAAUGACAGCUACACUUCAGUCAUCUUCUCUGAGUGAUCUGACAGCCCACA